AUGCAAUGUCAGAACCGGUCUCUCCACAGCAGGCACCGAAGUACCCUGUACUUGCCGCCGUACCACCCGAACACGCAAGUCCUGCAACACUUCGGACCAAUUACCCCCUCCACAGAACAUGUUGCACGCUCGUCACUGGACCCAGUUUUGACGGCAUUUGCGCAACUGGGAACCUUACGACUGAAUGCGCAGCGCGCGUUGAUCUCACUUUUCGGUCCCGACGAACAGCACGUCCUCACAGAAGCAACCCGUACCCUCAGUUUGCAGGAUGAUGCCCACCAUAACACCCGCGAUCGCCUCUGGGUUGGCAGUUGCACCCUGUCAUAUGAACGCAGCAUGUGCAAAGCAGUCAUGGACUCCACCCUUACCACCCCAGACCCCAGGGAUCGGGCGUUCGUUGUUCCAGAUCUCACUAUGGACGACAUUUUGAAGAACCAUCCAGAUGUAACGGAAUACCCUAAUGUUCGCUUCUUGGCAUCGAGUCCAAUUGUCAGUCCGAAGGGGAUAGUUAUUGGCGCUUAUACCAUUCUAGACGAUCAACCACACGAUCCUCUAGAUGGCGAGAUUCUGAAGUUCCUCGUCGACAUUUCAUCGACGGUGAUGGACUACCUAGCGACGACCCGAUCCAAAGAGCAAAAUAUCAGGAGUGAGCGCAUGCUUGUUGGUCUUGGAAGCUUCCUGGAAGGGAAAGGGAGUCUGCGCAACUCUUGGCUUGUCGACAACGAUGGUUAUGGCCACUUGCUUCAGAACAGCAAUCGUACAGAAGGCCAUGUCGAUUCAAAUCAGCAGCGAAUCCAGCUGUCUCACAACGCGACCUCAGCCAUGCUGCGAAACCCUCCACCCAGCCAUCUGCCUUUCCGCCCAUACAAUUUGCACAUUCCUGAGCGCAAAGGCAGCCAUGCAUCCACUGAGAAGGUGGAUAAGCCUCAGGGUGUAGAUACCAGUUUGAGAGAUGCUGAGGUACAGUCGAAAUUCAGGCGAGCAUCCCAGGCAGCCAUCACAAACAGCGGUGAAAAGUCAGCUCAACUAUCACCCAAAGAGAACUACACGGCCCAAUUAAAGGAAACUUUCUCCCGUGCAUCUAACAUGAUUCGUGAGAGCAUUGAAGUUGAGGCUGUGGUUUUCUUCGAUGCCAAUUUUGCUUCUAAAGGGGCUCUUCUGAAUGAUACCAAGUCUGACCCCGAAACCAGCUGUAGCCCUGAAAGCUGUUCAUCAGGCGAUGAUGAUUCCAGAUCUCGCGAACCUCAACACCACGAGCCUGUUGACCCUGAACUGGCCGAGCACUCUGGAAAAUCCGCAUUGAAUCCAUGUGAAAUACUUGGAUUUGCGACUUCAAAUGCCUCUAGCAUCAAUUGUCAAGCAACAGGCGAUAACAAAAUUGCGUUGUCUGAGGGCUUCUUAUCCAGCCUCCUACGCAGGUAUCCACGUGGGAAGAUCUUCAAUUAUGGCGCAGAUGGGUCAGUAUUCUCAGACGACUCGAGUGGAGGAAAUUUCAAAAAGUUUUUCCGACGCACUGGAGGUAAAAAAUAUAAGAAGACUCGAAAAUCGCGGAUGCGCCAGGAUGCCCGGGCUUUGCUCCAAAUUUCUCCGGAAUCUCGAAGCAUCAUCUUCACGCCAUUGUGGGAUUCGCACAAGGGCAGAUGGUACGCCGGCAGCCUGACAUGGACAAGAGCAGCACAUCGCGUCUUUACGCCUGAUGAUGAACUAGCAUUCCUAUUGACUUUUGGGAACAGCAUCAUGGCUGAAGUCCACCGACUCGGUGCUCAUUUCGCCGAUCGCGCGAAAUCGGACAUGCUUGCAGGGCUCAGCCAUGAACUUCGAUCCCCUCUUCACGGCAUUUUUGGAACCUCUGAGCUUCUCGGUGAUACUGUGUUAGACACGCUACAGCGAGGGUUUAUUCACACAAUCUCUUCGUGUGCUUUUACUCUCCUCGGCUCUAUCAAUCAACUUCUUGAGUAUGCUAGCAUCAAUGAUGUCCGACCGAGCUCGGUUGUCAAAACUCCCGGUGGUGGCAUUAAUGCUUUGAAAGGAGGCUCAAACAGCACCGUCCGUCGUUUUUCUCACUCAGGCAAGGUCGACGUCGAUACUUGUGUUGAACUUGACAGCGCCGUUGAAGAUGCGAUAGAGACUGUCUUUGCUGGUUAUUCAUUUGUCGACAACUCGCGUUCAUCUCUUCGCCGUUUUGUCGGGUAUCCAACCUUGAAUGGCGAUUCUCUUGACACAAAAGGCCCAGUCAAGGUAGUAUUAGACAUCGACGGUUCCGAAAAUUGGAGAUUUUCAACCCGGCCCGGGGCUUGGCAUGUGAUUAUCACCAACAUUUUUGGAAACGCUUUGAAGUUCACUCGUCAAGGCCACGUCUAUGUUUCCAUGAAAGCCACGCCAGCCGAAUGCACAGAUGAAGGCCAGGUGUUGAGGUCUAACAUCACCAUAAUCAUCAAAGAUACCGGAUGCGGCAUUGAUUCGGAGUAUCUGAAUAAUGGGUUGUUCACUGCAUUCUCGCAGCAAGAUAGUAUGACCACUGGCAACGGUUUAGGGCUUAACAUCUGUCGCCGUAUAUUGAAAUCACUCGGUGGUAACAUCCAAGUCAACUCUCAAGAGAACAUUGGCACAGAAGUCGUCGCAACUGUGGCACUUGAUCGCGCGUUUGGGUGGGAAGACCCCAGCCAGGCAGAUGGUCAAUUUUCCAUCGUCAACGUGAAGGAACUGACGCAGACGAAAUGCAUUGGGAUACUAGGAGAUGAAGCAUCUGUCCUAGAUAAAACUCUGCAUACGUCGUUGCAAAAUGUUUGUCGAGACUUUUUGGGUAUGAAAACGUGCCUUAUCCUCCCCUCAGAGGCACAGCUCACCUACUGUGACUUUUACAUAUCCCUACAUGAACAUCUCGAUAUUGGAAAUCUGAGGAUUCAGGCAAUUGCCCCAGCGUCAAAAGAAAAACUUUCUUCGCCGCUCAUCAUUAUAUGUUCUUCUCCUAAGGUUGCGCAUGCAAUGUCUGCGGAAAGCCGAAAGCGAAAGGAUCCUGCUGUUCUUGAAUUCAUCAGUCAACCUUGCGGCCCACGAAAAUUGGCCAAGACUUUGGAGACUUGUAUCAGACGUCAGCAGGAACGACUGGAUUCUCUUUCAGGAGAGGAAGUACCUGGUCUUCCGUCGACCUCUUCGACCGCCGGCUCAGACGAGCACAAGACGGAUUCUCACAUUUCGUCCAGUCUGAUCUCCGACAGGGAACCCUCAAUUGGCGCGACAGAUUACAGAGCCAGAACUUCGAGAAGGUCCCGAAGCAUCUCACCCGGAUCCUCAGGGGACACCCACAGCCCCCGUGCCAUGUCCAAGAAUGGUACUUCUAUGGAAGCAGAUCAACCUCAAACACACGACAAAGAAGCUAUCUGCGAUGUAUUACAACCUCGAAAGGUCGUACUUCUGGUCGAUGACAACGAGAUCAAUCUCAGGCUCCUCAUCGCUGUUAUGAAAAGGUUGAAAUGCGAUUAUUUGAUUGCCCAGGAUGGAUUCGAAGCCUUGGAGGUAUUCAAGUCCAAUUUCUCCGAUAUCUGUAUGGUCUUCAUGGAUAUUUCCAUGCCGAUCAUGGACGGUCUUGAGUCCACUCGACGAAUCCGUGAAUUUGAGAAAACCGCGGGCGUUCAAAGUCGUGUCACUAUCGCUGCAAUUACCGGCCUUGCACAAGCCGAUGUGCAACGUGAUGCAAUCGGUUCUGGUAUGGACUUGUUCUUGACAAAGCCCGUCAGACUCGAUAAUCUCGUGCCGAUCAUCAAAGGGGUACUGCCCAGAUCCCAUGCUAUAUGGCAAUAG